CUGUAGAUAGAGAAUUGUUGUGUUAUAUAUAUUUAUCCAAUCAAAGAUGCCCUCCUCAAGUGUUCCAGUCACAGCUUGCCUCCAUGUCCACGGAAGAGACGGCGGAUGAGCAUGACGGCGCCUCUGUACACGGCGAUAUUUUGGAGUCAAUUCUCUCUCACGUCCCUCUCAUCGAUCUCGCUUCUUCCUCUUGCGUUUCACGUGGUUGGGAACGCGCCGUUUCAUCCUCUCUCUCCCAUUUCAAUUCCCCCAAACCAUGGCUCCUCCUCCACUUUCCUUCUUCCGCCUCUGCCGCUGCCUACGACCCUCGCUCCGCCAUCUGGAUGGACAUCAACUGCCGCCAUCCGAUCACACCCGCCACCGCCCCUCUCCGUUCUUCUCACUCCACCUUGCUCUACACACUCACCCCUUCCCAAUUCUCUUUCUCCAUCGACCCCCUCCACCUCAAGUGGCAUCACGUGUCUCCCCCGUUGACGUGGCGAACUGACCCAAUCGUUGCCCUCGUUGCCAGCAGACUCAUCGUCGUCGCCGGCACGUGUGUCUUCGUUGACGAACCUCCCGCCGUUGAGAUUUACGACUUGGAAUCCAAUACAUGGGAAACGUACGAAUAUUUGCCUUCAAUUUUCGCCGAAUACGCGACCGCCGUAUGGUAUUCCGUUGCUGUUGAUGAUCAUAAACUACACAUCAUGCAUAAAAGUUCGGCGGCCAUAUUUUCGUUUGACCCGACGGAGAAAUCGUGGGCAGGCCCGUAUGAAUCGAAACCCGACCCGAAUUUGUUUUCCUCGAUAAUCGGAUUCGCCGGCGGUGAAAUGGUGGUUGUGGGACUGACGGGAUCGCCGGAGGAUGUUCAAAGUGUGAAGAUAUAUGGAGUGACGGCUGCCGAAUUUUCGGAAUGGAGGGAGAUUGGGGAAAUGCCGAAGUCAUUGGUUGAGAAAUUACAGGGAGAAAGUGCAGAAAUGGCGUCGAUCGGAAUGUCGUGGGCGGGAGAUUUCUUAUUUAUUCACCAUGGUUCGGACCCGGUGGAGAUGAUACAGUGCGAGGUGGUCGGGGGUGGUUGUAGGUGGGGAAGCGUACCAAAUACGGUGGUAGAUGACCGGAUUCGGCUACGGGGGUUGGUGUUGACGAGUUCGAAUAUGGGUAUCGAAGAAUUGAAGAAAGCAUUGAGAUCAGAAAGGCCACGAAUCACCAUCAAGAUCAAGGAUUGUGUCGGGGACUGAAUCCGAUCGUUUUUGUCCAAUGCCAAAUCUUUAUUUGUUCCCCAAAUUUCCAUUUCAUAUUAAAUAUACGAGUACUAAUAAUAUUAUUAUUUUCCUUUGGGGUUGCAAA